AUGGCGCCCUCUUUCGACCACCUCCGCGAGGCCGACCUUGACGAUGACGAGUUCAACGACGAUGAUAUUGACAUCUCCGAUCUGCGAGAACGAUUCGAGGUAUCGCUGGAGCAAGGCUAUGACAGCUUCGUGGUUAUCGAUGGCCUGCCUCAAGUCACAGAGGAGCAGAAGCCGAAGCUUGUCAAGUUCUUGUUGAAGAAGCUCAACACAGUCGGCAAGACACGUGAGGACUUGAUACAUAUGCCCAUGGGUGACGAUGGAAAGUCUUUCCGAUUUGCCUUUGUCGAGUACGGUUCGCCCGCUGAGGCUGCUGCCGCUACUCGCGAGCUCGACCUCACCCCCCUCGACAAGAAGCACAUUCUCCGCGUCAACAAGUUCACCGACAUCGAGCGAUAUGGACGAGAAGGCCGUAUCGAUGAGACCUACCAACCCCCUCACAUCGACGAGUUCACCGAGAAGGAGCAUCUGCGAUGGUUCCUCAAGGAUCCCUCAGGCCGUGGCCGAGACCAGUUCGUUAUGUACAAGGGCGAGAGCGUCGGCGUCUACUGGAACAACGAGAAGGAUCAACCUGAGAACAUUGUUGAGCGACAGCACUGGACUGAGACAUUUGUCCAGUGGUCUCCUCUCGGCACAUACCUCACCUCUGUCCAUGCCCAGGGUGUCCAGCUUUGGGGCGGUCCUUCAUGGACACGACAGGCCCGAUUUGCUCACCCCUUCGUGAACCUGGUCGCUUUCUCUCCUGGCGAGAAGUACAUCGUCACCUGGUCUAACCGCCCUAUCUCCAUCCCCGACGAGGGUCACCCCGCCCUCUCGAUCGACGACCAUGGCAAGAACUACGUGAUCUGGGACAUCGCUACCGCUAAGCCUCUGCGAUCUUUCGCCAACCUCGAACCCCCCAAGGUGGAGGAUGGCAAGCCCCCGCCUAAGAUGCAGUGGCCUGCCUUCAAGUGGUCUGCUGACGACAAGUACGUUGCCCGUCUGAACCCCGGCCAGUCCAUCUCCGUAUACGAACUCCCCCGCAUGAACCUUCUCGACAAGACUUCCAUCAAGAUUGAGGGUGUUGUAGACUUCGAUUGGGCUCCUGCUACCCCCAAGCGCGAUGGUGUCAAGGACUACGAGCAGCUCUUCUGCUACUGGACUCCUGAAAUCGGCAGCAACCCUGCCAAGGUCGGCUUGAUGAGUGUUCCCUCAAAACAGGUCGUUCGAUCCCUGAACCUCUUCAGCGUCAGCGACGCUAAGCUUCACUGGCAAUCCGAGGCUGCCUACAUUUGUGUCAAGGUCGACAGACACUCCAAGUCGAAGAAGUCUCAAGCAACCACACUCGAGAUUUUCCGUGUCAAGGAGAAGGGCGUCCCUGUUGAGGUCGUUGACACUAUUAAGGAUACCGUUAUCAACUUUGCCUGGGAGCCCAAGGGUGACAGGUUUGCUAUCAUCUCCACAACCGAGCCCGUGGGCGUUACUGCUGUCCCUCCCAAGACUGCAGUUUCCUUCUUCUGCCCUGAGAAGGCCAAGAAGGGCCAACAAGUGGGUAACUUCAAGCACCUCCGAACGCUUGACAAGAAGAACAGCAACGCCAUCUACUGGUCACCCCGUGGUCGCUUUGUUGUUAUUGCCACCAUUGCCAACCAGCAGAGCUCCGAUCUAGACUUCUUCGACCUUGAUUUCGAGGGCGAGAAGCCCGAGUCCGACAAGGACCUUACCGCCAACCUCCAGGCUAUGAACACCGCCGACCACUACGGUGUCACAGAUGUUGAGUGGGACCCUUCAGGCCGAUUCGUCGCCUCGUGGGCUUCUGCUUGGAAGCACUCGAUGGAAAAUGGUUACCACAUUUACGAUUUCAAGGGUGAGGCUCUACGAGAAGAGCCCUUUGAGAAGUUCAAGCAGUUCUCAUGGCGCCCUCGGCCCGCGACUCUGCUCACCAAGGAGGAACAGAAGGCUGUGCGCAAGAACCUUCGAGAAUACAGCCGCGUCUUUGAGCAAGAAGAUGCUGACCGUGGUGCGUCCGCUGACUUGGCUGUGGUUGAGGCUCGCCGACACAUGCUCGAGGAGUGGUACAACUGGCGCGAGUCCGUCGAGGGCGAGAUUCUGGAGGAGCGCGAAGCUCUUGGCCUACCAAAGGAUCCUCAUGCUCCUCUGCUAGAGGCCUACACAAAGUCUCUCGAGGGCUUAACAUCAGAGGCUGAUCGGGUGAUUGAGGAGAUUGUGGAGGAGGUUAUUGAGGAGAGUGAGGAGAUCCUCGCAUAG